AAGAAGAGAGAGAGAGAGGGGACAAAGAAUUUAAUAAGAGAAGGGAGAAGUGAGUGAGAGAGUAUUAAGGUCAUGGCGGCGUUGCAGAGCGCCGAGAGACAGAGAAAGAAACAGAUCUCUCUCAGAGACUAGAGAAGCCCUUAAAUAAAUAUACCCUCUCAUACCGACAAACCAACUUUUCUCUCAGUACCAAAAAGCUCUCUCUCUCUCUGUCCGAUUUCUAAACAAACCCUAGAGAGGCGACAUCCUCUACACAUUUAAUCUCUUUCGUCUUCUUCAUCCUCUCAGAUAGAGAAAGAGAGAGCAAAAGAAUUAAGAUCUUCCGAGAGAGAGAUCUAUAUCUUCUUCUAUGAUCAGAUCUUUGGGCUUUUUCUCGCUAGGACAGGGCGGAGGAAGAGGAAACAGCCAAGACCACCGAACCAAUAAUAACCCUUCUCCUUCAGGAACAGAAUCUUGGCUUUGGUGCAGAAACCCUAACUCUAACGCAAACGCUGGUGCUGGAGAUGUCGUCGCUCCUUCUUCUUACAAAGGAACCCUUGAGCUAUGGCAACACCCAAACAAUCAAGAGAUCAUAUUCCAGCAGCAACAGCAACAAAGAUUGGAUCUUUACACUUCUGCUGCAGGUUUAGGUGUCGGACCAAGCAACCGGAACUUACUUGAAACUUCCGGCGGGGCGUUGAUGAUGAUGAGAAACGGUAGUAGCAGCGGCGGUGGACCGAGCUGCCAGGAUUGUGGUAAUCAAGCUAAGAAAGACUGUACUCACAUGAGAUGUAGGACUUGUUGCAAGAGCCGAGGCCUCGAGUGUUCCACUCACGUCAAGAGCACCUGGGUUCCUGCCGCUAAACGCCGAGAACGUCAGCAGCAGCUUGCAUCCGGUCAACAACCACAAUCGCAGUCGCAGCCGCAGGUUGAGAGCGUACCUAAACGACAGAGAGAGCAUUUCCCGUCGAGAUCCAAUUCCCUUGUCUGUACUCGUAUACCUUCUAACAACACCUCCUCAGGGUUAGAGAUUGGGAGCUUUCCGCCGGAAGUGAGCUCGCCAGCAAUUUUCCGGUGCGUGCGUGUUAGUUCUGUAGAUGAUGAAGAAGAGGAAUAUGCGUACAAAACAGCUGUGAGUAUAGGCGGUCACGUCUUCAAAGGUAUUCUCUACGACCAAGGCCCGGCCGAGAGAAGCUCCUCAGGCGGUGGAUCUCAGCCGUUGAACCUCAUAACCGCAGGCCCAUCGGCCUCUUCAUCAAGCCCAAACGUGAGCUGCAACGAUGGAGUUGUUGGUUCCAAUUCAGAUCAUUACAUCGAUCCUGCCUCUCUUAGUUAUCCUACUCCCAUCAACACUUUCAUGACUGAGAGAGGGAGAGAGAGGGUAAAUUCUGCAGAUUACGAGGGGUGAGUGGAGGAACAGCAAAAGUUGCAAAAUUGGUCUGCGUCUUCAUUUCUGCAGGUUUUUAUGUUUGGGACCUAAAGAACUCUUCUUUCCCAAUUUAUUCCUUAGGCUCUUUUUCAUUAUUCAAUUUACGUCACCUCAAUAAUGCCAUGAUGAUAACGAGAUGCAAAACGAAUCGGAAAACGAGCUAAUACCAAUUCUGAUUAAUUAUCAUGGUUAAGGAGAAAGAAAUGGUAAGUGCAUGGGGGAAGAGUCUGUGAAAGAUAACAUACAAACUAUGCAUUAUGUAAUUUACCUUUUUUUUUUUUUUUGUUAAAGUUUAUGUAAGUUACAUUUAUAACGUUGUAACAUAAUUGAAUUGGUCCCAUCAAACCCUAAACGGCU